UACCAAAAGCACAAGCGAUUAUGUUCCAAGCAGUUCCUGGCGGUUUCUCAACAGCUGUAAUUGCGUUCGCCGGCGCUUCGACUGGGCUGCUCCCAGGUGAUCACGGUUUCCACGUUCAUGAAUUCGGCGAUCUCAGUAAUAGACGCUUAGGAGCAGGACUACAAUACAACCUUUUUAUAUCACCACAUGGCGGACAAGACGACCCACCUCCUUCAACUCACGUUGGGGAUCUUGGAAACAUAAUGACACCUGUGAGCCCUUCACUCUACUUUGCAAGUGGUCCAACAACGUUUGUCAUCCACGACUCCUUCGUUACUUUCACCGGAAAUCGUGGAAUUGUUGAACGAGCUAUCGUAGUCCACGAGAAAAAAGAUGAUUUGGGGAGAGGCAGAGACGCAGAGAGUCGCAGAACAGGUAACGCUGGCGCUCGUAUCGCCUGUGGA